AUGGCACCAAUCAGCUUUAACGAGGGUGGCCUGUUCGCCCGCGCAAACUGGAGCUCGCCAGAACACUGGACUCCGAACCCGACACAGCGGGUCACCCUCAUCGUCGCCGGGUGCUAUAUCCUCGUCAUUGGGAUAUUGGUCCGUCCCCUCCCAUCCCAACUGACACCAACCGUCGGGUUGCACGAGAUGAGCCAUGCCCUCGCUGGGGUGCUAACAUGCGCCCGAAUCGAGAGCAUCCAACUCGACCCAAACGAGGGGGGAUGUACCCGCAUGCGUGGUGGUAUACAACUGAUCACCCUCCCAGCUGGAUACCUAGGCUCGUCGGCGUUCGGGGCAGCCCUCAUCGCCUGCGGCUUCGACAUCAACGCUUCCAAGGUCGCGUGCCUCGUUCUUGCGCCUCUGCUUCUUAUCACCCUCUGGUGGGCGCGACGGAGCUGGGUCGCGUAUGCCACGUUCCUCUUCACUGGCAUUCUGAUCGCCGUCGCUUGGGUCGUAUACCAUUCCGUCGGACUCCGCUUCCUCGUGCUCUUUAUUGGCGUCAUGUCGUGCCUGUACUGCAUCUGGGACAUUAUCGACGAUACACUUAAGCGCAAGAUUGCGGCAAGUGAUGCGAGUCAGUUCGCAAAGGUCGUGCACUUCGGCAACUCUUAUGUCUGGGGCACGUUUUGGCUCCUCAUCUCCAUCCUCUUUUUCGGCGCCGGUCUCCUCCUCGGCAUCGCUGCGUUCAAGACGUCGUGGGACGACCAGAUGGCCGCGGCCGACCGUUUCCUCGGGGGAUCGCCAUGGUAA